CCCGCCCCCGGCAGCCGGCCCUCUGUCCGCCCAUCGGCGCUCCGCCCCGGGCGCCCGGGGCCACGGGGUCAUGCGGGGGGGCCCAGGCGAAACGAGCCGAGCCGAGCCUGCUCUCCAGGUCCGGGUGAGCCCCCGCGUCCGUCCUAACGCCGGUCUGGCCACUAGGGGUGUUCCCGCAGGACACAGGCUCUGAGAGAGGAGGGCUGAUCGGCUCAGCACACCCACCCCCCGCAGGUGCCUAGAGGGUGCGGCACCGGCCAUGCGCUGCCGCAGACUGGCCCUGGGCCUGGGCCUCUGCCUGCUGGUGGGCGCGGCCCUCUGCGCUCUGUGGGUAUAUGCCGACGACUUGCUGCCGUUCUCCUAUGUCCCCUAUUACCUCCCCUGCCCAGAGAUCUUCAACAUGAAGCUGCAGUUCCGGGGGGAGAAGCCGUUCCAGCCCGUGGCACGGUCGCAGUACCCUCAGCCGAAGCUGCUGGAGCGGAGGCCCACAGAGCUGCUGACGCUCACGCCCUGGCUGGCGCCCAUCGUGUCCGAGGGGACCUUCGACCCGGAGCUCCUGCAGCUCAUCUACCAGCCGCUGAACCUGACCAUCGGGCUCACGGUGUUCGCCGUCGGGAAGUACACGGGCUUCGUCCAGCACUUCCUGGAGUCGGCCGAGCAGUUCUUCAUGCAGGGUCACCGGGUGCACUACUACGUCUUCACCGACAAGCCCGCGGCCGUGCCCCGGGUCCCGCUGGGCCCCGGCCGCCUCCUCAGCGUCCUGCCCAUCCAGAAGCACUCCCGCUGGGAGGAGAUCUCCACGCGCCGCAUGGAGACCAUCAGCCAGCACGUCGCCCAGCGGGCGCACCGGGAGGUGGACUACCUCUUCUGCGUGGACGUGGACAUGGUAUUCCGGAACCCCUGGGGCCCGGAGACCUUGGGAGACCUGGUGGCCGCCAUCCACCCCGGCUACUACGCCGUGUCCCGCCAGCACUUCCCCUACGAGCGCAGGCAUGUUUCCACCGCCUUUGUGGCCGAUGGCGAGGGGGACUUCUAUUAUGGCGGGGCGGUCUUUGGGGGACGGGUGGACAGGGUGUACGAGUUCACGAGGGGCUGCCACAUGGCCAUCUUGGCGGACAAGGCCAACGGCAUCAUGGCGGCCUGGCAGGAGGAGAGCCACUUGAACCGCCGCUUCAUCUCGCACAAGCCCACCAAGGUGCUGUCCCCUGAGUACCUCUGGGACGACAGGAAGCCCCAGCCUCCCAGCCUGAAGCUGAUCCGCUUCUCGACGCUGGACAAGAACACCCACUGGCUGCGGAGCUGAUGGUAGAGUCGGGGCUGCCGUGGAUGGGGACUCAGUG